AAUAUUUAAAUUUUACAUUUUAUAACUAAGGUUAAAUCUUUAAGUUCGCGUCGGCCCCAACACCAAAAAAUUGUCAGAUUUGAGAAUGUAAAAGAAGAAAAUUAAAGAAUAUGGGAUCUGUGUUACUUUUAAUGUAACUCUCAACAUUCAAGAGUAGGAAAGUAGUAAGGCGAAAUAUAGCACGCCAUUCGUUCCAUAUACAAUAAGACUAGGCAAAUUAUAAAUGGUCAGUGUUCACGGUCCAUAUGUGACAUUUUAUUGUAAUCUACACGUUUGACCUUGAACAUCUUAUCUUACAGCUGUUUUGAUAUUAAAUUCUUUUUACAACAGUUUCGUAUUUUUUCUAGAUUUUAAGCGCAGUAAAUGAUCUUGAUGCUAUAGUUGUAUAAUAAGUGAGAUAGUUUGAUUGCUAUUUAGUAUAAAAUGUCUAACAAUAAAGUGGCUAUAGUGACCGGUGCAAAUAAAGGAUUAGGUUUUCCUUUGGUAAAAGAAUUGUGUGAAAAACUUGAUGGAAUAGUUUACUUGACUUCGCGUGAUGAGACGAGAGGUAUAGAAGCUUGUGAAAAAAUUAGAAAAAUGGGUUAUUAUCCUAAAUAUCAUCAAUUAGACGUAGGGAAUAGCAACAGUGUGGUAAAAUUAACGUCUUUUAUUUGUAAAGAAGAGCAAAAAGUCGACUUAUUAAUUAAUAAUGCCGGUAUACUAUUUCUUAAAGAUGCUAAAGAAUCAAAAUACAUUCAAGCUAAACAGACAAUAUUCAUAAACUUUACAGCAUUAGUUAAUUUCACUGAAGCAAUGUUACCAUUUAUUGUGGAUGGCGGGAAAAUUAUAAACAUAUCAAGUUCUUCAGGACAUUUAUCGCGAAUACCGUCUGAAAAACUGAGCGAAAAAAUAAAAUCACCAAAUUUAACUUUAAUAGAAUUACAAAGUCUAAUGAACGAUUAUUUAGAGGCUGUGAAAGAAAACAAGGAGAUCGAAGAUGGUUGGGGCGACUCGCCGUAUGUUGUUUCGAAGGUUGGCGUGAAUGCUUAUACAUUUUUGUUGAACAGGAGGCUUGCAGAUAGAGGCAUCAAGGUAGACUGCGUGCAUCCAGGCUAUGUAAUAUCAGACAUGACACGAGGUUCUGGAAACGUAUCACCGGAUGAAGCUGCCAAAGUUGUGGUGAAAGUCGCGCUAGACUCUGAGAGUGGUGGUAGAUACUUCUGGCACAAUGGUGAUGUGGUACCGUGGGAUGGACCCGAUCCUAGAGGAUAUAUUGACGGCAAAAAGUGAUGACACAAAUGAACUGGAAAGGCACAUAUAGACAGUAAUUGUAACAAAAUCAUUCAUGAUAUUUUCGCUGUUUUAUUUUUCUUAGUUGACAUUAAUAAAAUUAUG